GGCAGCGGUGCGCGGGGCGGCGUCUCGGCCGGACCCAGGCAGGCAUGGACGUGGACGCCCUUAGGAAGCAGGCGGCCCUGCACGCCAAGCCGCCGGGCCUCGCCUUCCACUACGGCACGGCCGGGUUCCGGAUGAGGGCCGAGCACCUGGACCACGUCAUGUUUCGGAUGGGGCUGCUGGCCGCCCUGCGGUCCAAGCAGACGGGAGCCGCCAUCGGCGUGAUGGUCACGGCCUCGCACAACCCCGAGGAAGACAAUGGGGUGAAGCUGGUGGAUCCUCUGGGGGAGAUGCUGGCGCCCGCGUGGGAGGAGCACGCCACGCGCCUGGCCAACGCCGAGGACCCGGACCUGCCCCGCGCGCUGCUGCGCAUCGUGGAGGAGGCGGCGGUGGAGCCGGCGCGGGACGCCGUCGUCCUGAUCGGCAGGGACACCAGGCCCAGCAGCGAGCAGCUUGCCCAGGCCGCGAGGGAAGGCGUGGCUGCCCUGGGAGGCCGGCUCCACGACUACGGCUUGUUGACCACCCCGCAGCUGCACUACAUGGUGCGCUGCCGGAACACCGACGGGCGCUACGGCAAGCCCACGCUGGACGGCUACUACCGGAAGCUCUCCUCCGCCUUCGCCGAGCUCACCAAGCAGGCCUCCCGCAGCGGAGACGAGCGCGCGUCGGUGAAGGUGGACUGUGCCAACGGCAUCGGGGCGCUGAAGCUGCGGGAGAUGGAGCCCCACGUCUCCCCGGGGCUGGCCGUCCAGCUCUUCAACGACGGCACCAAAGGGAAGCUCAACCACCUCUGCGGGGCCGACUUCGUGAAAACCCACCAGAAACCUCCGCACGGACUGGAAAUGAAGCCCAACGAGAGGUGCUGCUCCCUGGACGGCGACGCGGACAGGAUCGUGUACUACUACCUCGAUGCCGCCGGCGCCUUCCGCCUCCUGGACGGAGACAAGAUGGCCGUGCUGAUGAGCACCUUCCUCCAGGAGCUGCUCGCCGAGGUUGGAGAAAGUUUCAGUGUUGGUGUUGUACAGACGGCAUAUGCAAAUGGGAAUUCCACGCGGUUUCUUGAAGAAGUUAUGAAGGUCCCUGUUUACUGCACUAAAACAGGUGUCAAACAUCUGCACCACAAGGCUCAGGAGUUUGACGUUGGAGUUUACUUUGAAGCGAACGGCCACGGCACAGCGCUGUUCAGUGAAGCCGCUGAAGUGAAGAUAAAGCAACUCGCAGAAUCAGAAGACCGGAAAGGAAAGGCCGCGAAGGUGCUGGCCAACCUCAUCGACUUGUUCAACCAGACGGCCGGCGACGCCAUCUCCGACAUGCUGGUGAUCGAGGCCAUCCUGGCUCUGAAGGGCCUGACCGUGCAGCAGUGGGACGCGCUCUACGCCGACCUCCCCAACAGACAGGUCAAGGUCAAGGUUGCAGACCGGACGGUGAUUAGCACCACGGACGCCGAGAGGCGCGCGGUCACCCCGCCGGGACUGCAGGAGGCGAUCGACAGCCUGGUGAGCGGGUACCGGCUGUCCCGGGCCUUCGUGCGGCCCUCGGGCACGGAGGACGUGGUGCGGGUCUAUGCAGAAGCCGACUCCCAGGAAAGCGCGGACAGCCUCGCGCACGCGGUGAGCCUGGCGGUGUUUGAGCUGGCUGGAGGCAUUGGAGAAAGACCUCAACCAGGUUUUACGAGAUGAUGCUGCUGGACUAAGAGACUGAAUUUGUGAACAGUUUCUGUGUGCCUGUCACAGUGGCCGUGUUCAUCAUGUUUACAGUGCACAUCGCUGGACUGGUUCCAGAUCUUUUUCUUAAACACUACCAGAAUAAUUUUUAGAAUUAGGUAAAGCCUUAAUACUUCCUGUGUGAUUGAGCCCUUAAUUUUACAGUGUGUGCACACUGCUAGAAAAUUAAAUUUUAUGGUACUAAA